AUGUCUGGACGUGGAAAGAAACAAGCAGUUGCUAGCAAAUCAGGAGCUGCACCAAAGAAAACCAAAUCUGCUAAGGCUGGUCUGACAUUCUCCGUGGGUCGUGUCUACAGACUUCUUAAAAGAGGGAACUACACUGACAGAAUCAGUCCUGGCGCUGCCAUCUACCUGACUGCGGUGCUGGAGUACCUGAGCGCCGAGAUCCUGGAGCUGGCAGGGAAUGCUGCACGGGAAAACAAGAAAGCCAGGAUUGUGCCCAGGCACAUCCAGCUGGCCGUGAGAAAUGAUGAUGAGCUGAACAAGGUCUUCUCCCGCGUGAUCAUUGCGCAAGGAGGUGUUAUGCCAAAUAUUCUUUCCCAGCUCCUUCCCAAGAAAACUGUUGGAAAUGCUGCUUCUCAGGAAUGA